GCCCAACGUGUUUGCCAUCUUGCACCAUUCUGUGGCCAUUCGUGCCAUUCGUGCCAUUCUUUGUCAUUCACUUGAGCAUUCUGUCACUCUCCCUCCCCUUCUUCUUCAACCCCUCGUCCCUGUUCCUGCAGCAAUAUACGCCUCUCAAUCGAUAUCUACCUCGAAUUCGCUCCUUCCUCCCGAUUGUCCUACAUUCGCCUGAUCGCUCGCUCGCUCGCCUGAUCGAGCAUCCCCCACUGAGCAUCGACCUUCCCAACAUGUAACAGUGGGACUGCAACACAACAGCUCCCAUCCUACAGCAUCUCAUAAUGUUUGAAAAACACUCGAGGCAGCCGUCAAUCUCAGAGGAACGAGUUGAGUCCGCCAGAAAACGAUUGCGCGCAGGAACACUGGAUGAAAACUUCUCCAAUCCAAUUUAUUCGGACCAAGAGCAAGAUUCCGACAAUGAUCCCAACUCCUCCAAGGACUUUUCGAUUGCCUCAAAUUCAAAGCAUGCCAGACAAACCGUCGCUCCCUUCCUAGCCAAACAUAUACCCUCCCAAUACGCUCCCCUCGGCAAAAUCACCCCUUCCUCCUCCUUCAAUCCGAACAAUGACGCCAACUCAAAGUUUUGCUAUCGACAUAGACCCGACAAGCUGUGUCGGAGGCAGGUCGACGAACCCUCCAUGGAUAAGCUCCAGAAGGACCUUGACGCAUUAUCUCCUGAAGACCGUCAAGGAAUCGUUCAAGUUUGGUCUCUCUUCUCCGCCGCUCCAUCCAAAUAUCGGAAACUUAUGCUGCAGGGCGUUCUCGCCCAAUGUUGUUUCCCUCAACUCUCUUUCCUCUCAGCCAACGUACGAGACUUGAUUCGCAUCGAUUUUCUGUCUGCCCUUCCCUCCGAAGUCUCGUUUCGAAUCCUUUGCUUUUUGGAUACAACCUCCCUGUGUAAGGCCGCCCAGGUUUCAAGAAAAUGGAGACAACUUGCCGAUGACGAUGUGGUCUGGCACCGAAUGUGCGAGCAGCACAUUGAUCGCAAGUGCACCGAAUGCGGCUGGGGCUUACCAAUGCUCGAGAGGAAACUUCUGCGGUCCUCCAAGCGUCAAAUCGAGUUGCGCGCCGCAGGCAUUGCUGCCGAAGGCUUUCCUCCCCUAGAACAGGUCCCCAGUGACGACAGCCUUCCAGCCUCUGCCACCUCCAAUCAUGAUAGUCAUGGCGAUUCCUGUACUGACUCCCACCUCUCUCCACGCGCCGCCCGCCGCCCAGGUCUCUCGUCGUUCGAUAGUGAGCUGCGUCGCACGCGACCCUGGAAAGACGUCUACAAGGAUCGUUUCAAGGUCGGCACAAAUUGGAAAUAUGGUCGAUGCAGUACCAAAGUCCUCAAAGGUCAUUCCAAUGGAGUCAUGGCCCUUCAACUUCUCGACAAUAUCCUGGCGACUGGUUCUUAUGAUUCGACCAUUAAGCUGUGGAACAUUGACACCGGCGAAGAACUGCGCACUCUACGAGGUCAUACCAUGGGCAUCCGAUGUCUUCAAUUCGACGAAAAUAAACUCAUUAGUGGAAGUCUUGACAAGACUUUGAAAGUCUGGAACUGGAGGACGGGAGAAUGCAUCUCCACUUACAACGGCCACACCGCAGGGGUCAUCGCUCUACACUUCGAUAGCGAUAUCCUCGUCUCGGGCUCUGUCGACAACACCGCCCGAGUGUGGAACUUCAGAGACAAGUCGGUCUUCACCCUCCGAGGACACAGCGACUGGGUCAAUUCGGUCAAAAUCGACUCGGCCUCUAGGACCAUCUUCACCGCCUCGGAUGAUUGCACCGUCAAGCUCUGGGACCUCGACAGCAAAAAAUGUAUCCACACCUUUGAAGGCCACGUUGGCCAAGUCCAAUCAGUCCUUCCCCUCCCUGCCGAGUUUGAAGUCGAUGAGGCCCAGCCAGGCGAGGGAGAGGACCAGCUAGACGAUCCAGGCAGUCCUUCAAGCCAGUCUACAAAUGAGUCUGUGUAUGGUGGCUUCAAAGUCAUGACUUAUCGAGACCGACAAAAGACUCUUUUCGAUGCCGAUGUUCACCGCCCACAACCUCCCAGGUAUAUGCUGACCUCGGCCCUCGACUCGACCCUUCGGUUGUGGGAUGUCCAUUCUGGUCGAUGCAUCAAGAAGUUUUUUGGUCAUGUCGAAGGAGUAUGGGCUGUGGCCGCAGAUACGCUGCGCAUAGUCUCGGGUGCCGAGGAUCGUAUGGUCAAGGUUUGGGAUCCAAGGACGGGCAAGUGUGAACGAACUUUUACUGGCCAUGCUGGGCCAGUCACUUGUAUCGAUCUCUCCGACAGUCGUAUGGUGUCGGGUGGCGAAGAUGGCGAGGUCCGUGUCUACAAUUUCGUGGAUUGAUCUUGUCACGAGUACAACACUCUGGUCGUUAGUGUCCUUCUUCCGUCAUACACGCCGUGUUGUAGCGGAAUGUCACGGGAGACUUGUUUUUUGUCUUUUCUUUUUACGAUUUGCUCAGCGCCGGACGCCACAUUGGAAUAUCUCACACCACUGUAUUAUGAAUCUCGGUGGAAUGGUGGGAUGGUGUUCUGGCGCAGUGACGGCCCUCUGCGGAUGAGAAGGUUUCUAGGUUUACCACCAUCUUGUUCAGGUUUCUAUUGUUCAUUACCAUCAGCGAAGGUCAGGGAUUUAGGUAGCCUGCGUGGUUGCGAUGGCGUUCGUCUUCAGGAUGCUAUCAUGAAUUGGAAAUGGUCGAUUUCCUACAAGUUUCGGCGUUGUCAGGAUGUAGGAGCUAGAUAAAAUGUAUCAUGGGCUUGAUGAUGAGCAUGGAAGGUUUUUUACAUGACUGCAUCUCAAUUAAACAAUCGUACUGCUGUAAUGUGAUCUUGCA